UUCGUGCAGGGUGACGUUCUUAGUCCCUGAAAACCCUGCUCACCUCGCACCCUCCCCAGACAUUCGGAGAAGCAGUGGCCUUCGAAAGGCUGAGCCGCGGUUGCAGAGUGCAAGCCUCACACGCACACCCCACGGCCCCUUUGCACCCCGAACCACCGGCAGAGAUGGAGGCGAGGCGAAUGCUUCAGCCCAACUGGUGCGGCUCAGGGAACAGGUCGGAGGAGGCGCCAAGCUUGGGAAAAGGUGCCACCCGCAGAAAAACAGUUUCUUUAACUGAGAGUUACACAGGUCAGAAAUACAUUUUAAAAAGCAACUAUUUUGCACAAGAAAUCUACCAGUUUUCUCAAAAGGAGCAAGAACCUUCUGCAGUCCGUCGGCAGUGUCCGAAGCUCCAGGCAGCAGCCCACCUCGGUCUUGCUUCACCCACCUCAUCUUUUUAAUUUUUAAGUGGGGGAAGGGGACGGAGGAGUAGCCAGGGGAGCGCUGAGGCAGAAAGGGAAUCCCGCACGGUUCCGGGCGCAGGAACGCGGGGCCGGCCCUGAACGCUUCGUAAAUUCUGGGUGUUCCAGCGGCACGUGAGCCCCGCACAGAAGUCAGUGCAAAAGUCACCUUGUAACUUUUGAUUAUUGACUUUGAAAGGAGCGACCAGGUCUGUCAGAAAUGGGCUGGGCCCAGAGGAGCCGGGCGGGGCGGGGCUGGGGCCCCACCAGAGCCCCGAUUUCCUCGCCGACCCAGGCCCGGCCAGAGCUCCUGCUGCCACCUUCACCCACCCAGCUGGGCCUGCGAUCCUACCCGCAGGCGACGCUUCCUCCCUCGGGGCCAGAGUUGCCCGGCCUGCAGCUGCCCCCACUGACCCCCGACCUCCUCAGGGUGAGAAAGGCCCUUCGCUGGGCCCGAAGCCUUUAACCCAGGCCUCCGGGAAGGCUGGCUCAGCAGCCCCAUCCCUCGGCCCCCACCUGUGCCCAGCCGGAGGGUCCCCGGGAAGGGAGCCACAAACUGCGGACCGGCUGUAGGUCGCCUCUCCCAGGUCGGAUAGAUGAUUCAUUUUUAUAUGUAACGUUUUACCCCACUCUAUAGCUCGGCUCUGUUAAUGUUCAACCCCGGCCUAGGGAGGCCUCGGAGGAGGCAGGCGGGUGAUCCGGGCCUAUGGCGUGGAGGGCGAGACGGGGCGAGAGCGGGGAUCGCGGGAGGGUCCCCUCGAGGACACCAGGCCACCCUGCAAGGGCAGAGCGGGCGCUGCAAGGCCCGGCCAGCGUCAGCGCGCGUCUCGGGGCUCAGCUCCAGACCUCGACAGGCUGGGCCGACGCCCACAGGGCCCUCUCAGCGGCCCCGCGAAAGGGCUUGGAAGCCCAGGGCUGCCGGCCCGGCCUCAGGCGGCGGUGGGCGCGGUGGCCGCUGAGGAUUACACUGCGGCUUGAGGACAGGGAGGGCUGCGCAGACCUAGACCCGAGGGGCGACCCUGGAGUGGCGUGGGGGCCCGCUCCGAACUCCACCUUCUCCCACUGCCUCGGAACACACUGUGGGGGCCCGGAGCGGCAGGACGCCGCACACCGGCCGCCCCCACGAGAAGUGACCCUCGGAGCAGCGGCUCCGGCCGGACAGCCGCGGGACCAGGCUGUGCCCAGCCCGCGUGCCCCUAGGGGUCGCCACGCGCAGAGCACGCUCAGUGAUCUAUGGCCCGGGGAAGCCUCUUCCCAGUGCCGGGUGGCCUGGAUGGUCCCCACCUCGGUCCACAGUCUCUGCUCCCUCCCCCGUGCCCGCGGUCAAGCAGAAGCCAGUACGAGUGAGGCCCCUCUGCAAGGACUGAAGAAGCCCGCCAGCUCCUGAGCGCUGCAACCCCACUGAGACACCGGCCCCCUAACAGAUGGAGCGCGGACAGGGACAGAGGAGGAGGAGGCACCAAGAACUGGGCUGCACCGGUCUGGGCCCCAGUCGCCUUCCCAGUGGUCCCCUUGGCUUUCUAAUGGUUCUAGGUCGUAUCUUCCCAAAGCCUCGAGGGAAAAGUUUCCUGCCCAGAACCGGUGCAGCAACCGCUGGCCCACGCAGGAAGCUUUGCUGCCUCUGGACCCCAAGAGCUCUGCUAGAACUAAUCUGGGGGCUCCAAGGAAGUCAGCCCACGUCUUAGUCUUGGUAUAACAGGUCCCAGCGUCACACGCCAUUUUCUAAGUUGCUAGACUAGAGGGGAAAAGAAAACGACAAAACAAAACAAUGCAAAACCUUUCUGUGGAAAACAAUGCAAAACCUUUUUGUGGACGAAGAAAAUAGGCAAGGGAGAGGGUGGGGGAGCAAAACACAGGGAGGGGAGAGCAGGAACACCUUAAACAUGUUUGCUAGGAGAGAAGAGGACUGGAUCUGGUCAGAGAGCUUGCACUUCCGCUCCUUCUGGGCAGCCCUGCCGCAUUUCCACCCAAGACUAAACCCACUUUCCGCGUAAUCGCGGAAUAUUUUCAAAGUAGUUCUUAAAACUUCAAGUGAAUUUAGAUGGUUCUUUUAGCAACUCUUCUGCUGCCCAACUUCCGCUUCCAGUAUCUCCUGUGAACCAAAAGGCCACUGAACUGUUAGGAAAGAAGUAGCAAUGAGUUUUUAAAAGGUAACCAAGUUAGCAUUAAGUACAUCUUUAAUGGACCAUUUUAUUUCAUGCAGGACAACUCUAACUUCCAGCAAAACAUAAAAUCAACAUUUACAGAAAACCUGUAAAAUCCUCAGGACAGAACAGAAGUUAUACAAUAAAUUCUGGGUUUUUUUUUUUUUUUUUUUUUUUGUCUUUU